AUGGAUGUUGUAUAUUUGAUCUCCUUUUCUCUUCUUUCUUUCCUCUCGUCUGCUGUUUUGUCCUUGUACGCGAUGAAGCCGUACUCUUUCCUUUCGCUCACAACGUAUCGACCGACAAACAACUCGACUGCAAAGAAAGAUCAAGAUGAGAGUUGACUGAGUAAACGAGUUGCCGAGUAAGUGAUGAUACACGCCGUCGUCUUCUUUCUUCCCUUGCACGCAAUCAAUUCACCAGUUCGUACAAACUACCCUUUCAACCUAUCCAACAAUAGCACUUCCCCCCUUUACCAACUGUCCUCUUGAUAGUCCAAUAAAAUGAAUAAAGCGACAACACCAGCAACAGCGAGCGAUGGCGUCUGGACUCGACCAAAUAACGAUGGCAUAGACUGAAGUUGCGGUACGCACUCCGCAGCCUCCAGGCCAGGCUAAGUGCCAGCCCAUCGAACGCUAGUCCCAAGCCAGUCCGCCAGAUCCACCGAAGAACAGCCGGGCCGAUCUCUCUCUCGACGCUACGCCCAAACACGCAAGCCGCAAAUAAUCACGUGAGGGGAUUCGGAUAUCGGCCCCGUCCGAUAAUUCCUGGACCGUCUGUGCCUGUCCUGAAAUCUGCUCUCGCUUCUCAUUAUGCACGUUAUUGCUUGUUCAUUCUUUUUUGGGGGGGUUUGCUAGACCCUACGCGCACACCCGCAUGAUUCUAGGCCCUUGAACGAAGCCUGGGGCUGUGUACGCUCACAUGGGGCGCAAAGACACUAGAGGGUAGUAAUGGUUGCGGCAUUUUUAUCUUCUGUUUGCAACGCAAAUUGUUUGCUUGUUGAUUGGCGCAAGCAGACAUGUAGGCAGGUGGGUAGACUUGCUUGGGUUCACACACCAAAUACAUACCUAUACAGUUUAGCUCCUCGAACACAUUCGCAAGCACGUCGGCAUGUGGU